AGCUUUCCCCUCUUCCCCCACAACCAUUACUAAGGCCGAAGAAAGAAGUCAGUCCAGCUACCGGAUUCUUUUCUGAGCUGUGAUGGGAAAGAAGACGCCGACGGUGGCCUGCCGCGCAUGGCGUCUCCUCCGCCUCCCGCUCCUCUGGACCAGAAAAGGCUUCGAUUUGAAGCCCCGCUCCCUCGACGACGACUCCCGCCUUCUAAAGCUCGAAACUUACCCCUCUCGUUGCAGCGAGCGCGAGUUCUCCUUCGACGACACCCCCUCCAACCAAUUCAAAAAGCACCACCGCUCCGUUUCCCUCUGCCUCCUCCCUUGCCUCGCUCCCUCCGUCGACUUCGAAGGCGAAGAUGAAGAUGAACUCUUCCUCAGGAAGUCGAGAGAAGACAGUGAUGAAUUGGAUCCUGGUCGGCGUAUGGUUGAGGCGGAGGAGGACUGGGAUUCGCAGUCUUGUUGGUCGGAAGCGAUGACGGAGAAGGGAGAGGGGGAGGAGGAGGAGGAAAUUGAUUCCCGGGCUGAAAAGUUUAUCACAGAGUUCUACCAGCAAAUCAAGCUGCAACCCCGUUUCUCGCCUUUGGCCGGGCGCCAUGAUGGUAAGAAUAUUACGUGUGGAUAAGAUAGGAGUGAUUCGAUGAGUUGCAUCUGCACAAUGGAUGUGAUACAGUGAAGGUCCGAACUCCCACUCUGCUGUAUUACAUCCAUUGUUCGGAUGCAGCUUUAUGUCUGGACUCCGAACAUAAUAUUUUUUCAAAUCGGCACAUAAUAUUUUUCUCCACGGUGAGAUGCUUUGCAAAGGGAAGAGAUGUUGAGGCGCUCAAUUAGCACUUGAUGGAACUGCCGGUGCUGUAUCAGUUCAUCUUUUUGUAUGUAUAAUCUUUUGAAUUGCUUUUUUGCAAGUCCUCUGUACUGAUUAAUGAUGGAUUGGGGAUGAUAU